CCGUUCCUCGGGGCCAAGGAUGAAUGUGCUCGAGCUGAUGAACUCCAUGAUGGAAACGGAUGGUGGUGCAGACGACGAUCGGCGUGCCAGCAGGAUCAGCACACGAGACAGCACCAUCUCAACUUCGCAGUCCAUCUCUAUGCGUCAGUCAGAAGAUGAAAUUCAAAGACGUAGUAUGAGGGCGAUAGACAGCGAGACUGGACCCACACAUCAUCGGUCGAAGAAUAUGGGCAUCUCCGUAAAUUCCGGACUGGCGCACAGCAACGCUGAUGUAGAAACAUUGAGCCGCCGCCAGUCGCUUAGGUCGCGCAAGGGAGCUGCUGAUCGUCGACAUUCAGACGAAAGGAGGCGGAAGUGACACCACUCGAACCUGCUGUCACGUGGCCGCGUCCUCGUGUUAUUAUAGUACCCAGUAGUUGGUGUAACCUGGCUCAGCAGAUACAACAUGAAACAUUACUUUUUAACUUGUGUUUUGUAAGUAGAGAAACAUAAACAUUUAUUAGUUACUCAGAACGUUGACAAAAUCAAGAAGUAAAACAGGGCUUAUCUCAAAUUUUGUUUUAUAUUUAUCAGUUUCCAGAAGUCCAAAACAACAGCAGUACGAUAUGUAACAUUACACAUAUUUUAAUGUUAUGAGAAAAAAAAUCAAGCUUUCUCUAGGCAGUGACAGACACAAGCCUCAAAUUCUAAGGACAAUAAUCAUUUUUAAAAGAUAUGAUCUAAUAAAAUAAAAUGAAGACUAGUAUGAAACGAAAAAUCAUUUUGGUUUGUUCCAUAGACUACGAUUCCAUUCUACAAGUGAAGGAUGAAGGUGACUAUUAAAAUAUUCAUCCGACAUUAUAGACAAACUAUCACUGUAACCAUAAUGUCGUAAAAGAACUAUGACAUAGAGACAGACUUGAUAGUAGUCACACCACAGAGCAACU